AUGCACACACUGUUAGUGGGGACUCGCCCACAGCUGCGACACAGGGCUAUUCCAGCACAGCGAGGCGCAUUAUCGACCUUGAAUGACAGCAACGACAUCUUAGCUCUCCGCACGGCCUGCGGCACGUUCGGAGUUGUGUGCCUCUCCGUGCUCGUUUUCUCCUUUCUCGGGUACAUAGCGCUCGCCUUACUAAAGCUGUACGCGCGAAGAGGCGCACCACGGGUGGCUAAGACAGACAUUGUGAACCAAUCGCCCCACGCUUUUCACAAUGUCCGCCACCUCGGCAUCAUAAUGGAUGGCAACAGGCGCUACGGCAGGCGCCACGGCACGGCAACUAGAGACCCAGACGUACCGGCGCUGCGACAAAUACGCGAGGAGAUGUGCAGCGUCCCAGGGUUCACUGUCACCGAUAGUGCGAUCAGGCAGUCGCGGUGGCUGUCGACCUGCUACAAGCGCUUUGUAGCAGCCAUUCAGCAUACCUCUCUUGACGGCCACCGCGUCGGUGGGGAGAAGCUGCUGGAGGUAAUCAACUUCUGCAUGGAGGCACGCAUCAGUAUCAUGACAGUUUACGCCUUCUCUACGGACAACUGGAACCGGCCCGCCGCGGAGGUGGACGCGCUCAUGUUGCUCUUUUUCUUCUUCUUCGACCGCAUCCAGAAGGUGGCGCUGGAUCGGCACAUCUUUGUGCGUUUUAUCUCUACCGAGCCGUGCCGCCUUCCGCCUCGCGUGGUGGAGUUCAUGAGGACUGUGGAGGGUGAGACGCGAGCAGUGCAGCCCCGGCGACUUGUGCUAAACAUUUGCGUGAGCUACAGCGGUCAGUCGGAGGUCGUCGCGGCGUGCAAUCGCCUCCUCGCCCGUCGCCUCCGAGACAGCACCGAUCCCGCCGCCGCCGCCAUUGGAACAGAAGUGACGAAGGCCGACUUGGACCAGGAGAUGCUGCGGAGCAUCACGCAGGACGAGCACGAGGCGGAAGACGCGCAGGUCUUCGGCGGCGACGUCUCUGUAGAGCCGGAGCUCAUUCUUCGCACCAGUGGAGAGCAGCGCAUGAGUAACUUCCUCCUCUACGAGUGCGCCUACUCCGAGUUUGUGUUCCUGAACAAGACAUGGCCGGAGGUGACACAGGAGGACAUUCAACAGGCCCUCUCCGAUUUCGCCUGCCGCGACAAGCGGAGGGGGCUCUGA